AUGGAGGCGGCGGUGAUAGACGCUGGAACUCAGCUCCUUAAAGCCGGCACCGCAGUUCCAGAUCAAGCUCCUCCCAUGAUAAUUCCGAGCCAAAUGAAACGAAUGGUGGAAGAUGGAACAUCAGGUGAUAAUAAUGAAUCAGUAUUUGAGGAUGUAACAGUCGAACCGAUUGUUCGAGGCUAUAUAAGAGAUUGGGAUGCAAUGGAAGAUUUAUUGCAUUAUGUUUUAUACACUGGUCUUGAUUGGGAAGAGGGAAAUGAAGGCCAAGUCUUAUUUACGGAUCCGCUUUGCACUCCCAAGGCUGUUAGAGAACAAUUGGUGCAAUUGAUGUUUGAGACAUUUAAUGUUUCGGGGUUUUAUGCAUCGGAGCAGGCAGUGUUGUCUCUUUAUGCAGUAGGGCGAAUCUCUGGAUGCACUGUUGAUAUUGGUCAUGGGAAGAUUGAUAUUGCACCAGUAAUUGAAGGUGCUGUUCAACACAUUGCUUCAAGGAGGUUUGAAAUUGGUGGAGUUGAUUUGACAAAGUUACUUGCCCAAGAACUGGGUAAAUCUAAUCCUCGGGUGAAUCUCAAUGCCUCUGAUUUUGAGAUGUUAAAAGUAAAGUACUCAUGCUGUGCUGAAGAUGAGCUUGCUUACGAGAAGACCCAAAGGUCAAGUGAUGUAGAGGAGCAUACCCUUCCUGACGGACAGGUGAUUAGAAUUGGAAGAGAAAAAUAUACUAUUGGUGAAGCUUUAUUUCAGCCAUCUAUACUUGGUAUAGAGGCACAUGGAAUAGUUGAGCAGCUUGUACGUAGUAUUUCAACUGUUUCUUCGGAGAACCACCGCCAGCUGCUGGAAAAUACUGUACUUUGUGGUGGCAUAACUUCUAUGCCUGGUUUUGAAGAUAGGUUUCAGAAAGAAGCAAGUCUGUGCUCAUCAGCUAUUCGUCCUUCACUUGUAAAGCCUCCAGAAUACAUGCCCGAUAAGUUGACAGAGUACUCUGCAUGGGUGGGAGGUGCCAUACUUGCCAAGGUUGUGUUCCCUCAGAAUCAGCAUGUCACCAAGGGAGAUUACGAUGAAACUGGACCGUCCAUUGUCCAUCGGAAGUGCUUCUGA